AUGGAGGCGACGGAAGCACCAGGACCGUUUGCUCAAAGACAAAUCUUGGUUCACGAUGAAAAGGUAGCAGCCAGGCGAAUUCUCCGGCCAAAGAGAGGGCUUAACCUGACGCGGAACCUUCUGAAUCAAAGAGCAGAAGGUUCCUUUACUACCGUUAUGCAGGACGUCAGAAGAAUGAAAAGGAAGCUCCAGGAGACCGAAGAGAAAGGCCCCGACACCAAACGUCCAAGAAGGAAAGAAGAUAGAAUGCUUUUAGCUGGAAACCCUCCUCAUUAUACACCGAUGCUGGCAAGGAACCGCUUUCCCCAACCAGAGUCGAUGGACGUGGGAGAGGUGCCGAUGGACGUGAAAGAGGAACUUGCUCCGGUCCGUGCCCUAGAGACCACAGCAGCGCCCCCUAAACAGAAGAGGUACCUCAGGAAGAGAGCAGUGGACCGUUUCCCUCAAGUGCUGAGAAACGCCAAGGGAACGAAUAGAAAGAUGGAAAACGCAGAGGAGUCAUCCCCAUCAAACAAAAGAUAUAGGACGGAUCAAGACCAAGCUGCAACUAGUACUACCCGAAGGCCUCCCCUGAAAGCGACGCGAGGAGGUAUAAAGGCAGCGGCUCUAAGGAAGAGGUUCACGGACAAUUCCCAGAGAGAGCCACAGGACUGUCAGGGAAGGAAGAGGAAGUUGGAAAAGGACGAGGUAAUGAUAGCAUCCGUCGAGCAGGUGAAAUUGGAGGCUGCCGGCAAGACGGAGCCCUUAAGCAAAAGACGGAAGGCAGACCAAGGUGCUCUUCGUCACAAUCCACCGAAGGCACGGAAAAGGCUCCCCCGGCAGGCGAAGAACAACGCGGUGAAUAGAAUCCACGAGAUCUUUGGUGUCCCGGCCGAGAGGAUCGAGCUGGGCCAAAAUGCAGCAGCUGAAGAGGCUGACACGAAAGGGAUGGCGAAUGAAAAAAUUAAGAAGAGAGGAGCGAAAAAAGAGGCGGAAGAAGCAGAAUUAAAGCGAGUGGAUAUUUCCCCUGAUGAUCCUCAACAGAAGCAGCUCGGAAAAAGGAAAGCGAAAGCGGAGCCUCCACAGAGGCAGAAGCAGGCUGCGAAAAAGAAAGAGAAAAAGAAGAAAAAGAAGGAAGAGGAAAAAUUGACGCAGAAAUCCGAAGCAGUAACAAUCAGUGAGGCUGAAGUGCAAAAACUUCUCAAGACAGGAAAAGAGCUGGGCGCGGGUGCCUACGGAACCGCUUAUAAGGUCGUCCAUAAGGGAGAGGUGGCCGUGCUGAAAGUGGCCAAUUCCCGUCUAUGGAGUGUGAAAGCGGUUUUCAAAAAAGAAGCCAAGGUUCUUCAGGCACUCAAUGGUGCAGGAGGAGCUCCGCUGCUACUUGGCACCUGUAGCAAACCAACCGCGAUCCUUAUGGAAUAUUGUCCUGGUGAAGAGUUCCUUUCGAUAAUAUAUGACACGAAGAACUUUCCUUCACUAGCUUUAGAAAUUCUUUCGGACAUUGCGAGGAAGCUGCAUCAAAUCCACUUGGCAGGUUACGUCCAUGUUGAUUUGAAGCCUGAUAACGUAAUGGUCCACGUCCAAGAAGACAAAGGCAACAAGCAGGUGAAGCCCAGGAUAAUCGACUUUGGAUUAGCUGUGGAAAAGGGCACGAAAAUACAGCUAUAUCCGAAUAUGUCUUAUUCUAUCUAUCCGCCUGAAUACUCGGAGGGUGCACCGGCGCGGCCAUGGGGAGACGUCUACUCUAUGGGAUGUCUAAUUGAGGAUACGGUCUACGCCUUCUACGAUGACAUCCCAGAGCAUUACGAGGAAAUUAUAAGCAUGGCGAAGAAUGAAAACCCGAAGCUUCGACCGACCUUGCCCAAGCUAGUGAAACAGCUUGAAGCAGCAUUAAAGAGAUCAGAAUUUAAGGAGAGGCCACAAGGGUAA